AUGGCCAAUGCUGCUCAGUGCUACUAUUGCUUUGAAACCCUCCUCGCUUCAUUCGAGAACCGCGAGCCCGCCAGUCUGGCAGCCGUAGAAGCCCUCUGGGAGCAGCAUGAACAAACCAAGAAGUUGUCGAGUCUGAAAGAGCAGAUCGAUGAGGAUGAUACAGACCAACAGCUAUCCGUAAAUGAGCAAGACGAAGACGACGAUAGCAGCCAAUCGACCCAGUUGAGUAGUCAGCCUCGGACGCUGCAGCUCCCUCACGUCAGUCGUCUACAAGGCGAUUUGUCGGCCUCUUCGUCAUCACCAUCCAAUACUUCUUCCAACUCUCUUCAGUCGAGCUCAACAAACAUAACCACGCCAAGUACAGUCUCCGAGAGCCCCUCCCGGCUGAGAUCACCUGAUCAGCGAUAUCCGCUGUUCGUGACAUGGAAUAUACUGUCACGAACCGGACACAAGACUCUACGCGGAUGCAUAGGCACAUUCGAGGCACAGGAGCUUGCAGCGGGGUUGAAGUCCUACGCUUUGACCUCGGCCUUUGACGAUUCCCGCUUCCGACCCAUCCCCGAAUCUCUCCUCCCCUUGCUAUCGUGCUCUCUCACACUCCUGGGGUCCUUCGAGCCAUGUACAAAUGCAAUGGAUUGGUCGCUAGGCACUCAUGGGCUGCGUAUUUCUUUCGUACACCGCGGCCGUCGCUAUGGUGCCACAUAUCUGCCUGACGUCGCUGUUGAGCAGGGCUGGACCAAAGAAGAGACUGUGGAGAGCUUGAUGCGCAAGGCGGGCUGGGAUGGCGGCAGCGGCAGUACUGCACGGAAGCUACUACGGGGUGCGGCUAAUGCGAGCGCAAGUGCCGCUAAGCCUUGGGAGCAAGUCUCGGAUUUCCGGACGGUGAGAUAUCAGGGUCUCAAGGCUAGUGCUAGCUACGCGGAGUGGCAAGAAUGGCGAGCCUGGGUUCUCUCGAGAGAUGAUGGGAAGGAGGUCCUGGAAGGCUUGCGAUGA